CUGUCUUUCAGCCGUCGAAGAAGAGUUCCUGUACAAGAAAACGGCAGCAAAGAAUGACAUCACCAGAUAGUCCAGGAAAGAGCAUACUGCACACUCACAGGGUGCUGGUGCCAUCCGGUAUUACUGUGCCUCUAAAUUAUUGAUUAGGUCUUAAUCACUGGGGCCAACAGAUCUCUGAAUAAAAGUGCCAAAAUGGGAAAUGGGUCGAUGAAGCUGAACCCUCUUAAGCAGGUCAGUGGCUCUGGCAAAUCCAAAAACAAUGGAGAAUCAAGCUCAGUUUCUCAAGUUCUCAGAGUUAGAGUGGAAGAAUUAGAGAAUCAGCUGAAGAAGAAGGAUGAAGACCUGAAUGCCAAGGAGAUUCAGAUCAAACAUCUAGAGGAGCAGCUGGCCCAGCAGAGACAGACCAUCUCAGAGAUCUCUGACACUUUAAGGAACAAGUGUCUCCACCUCAACAAGCUCCAGGAUGCACUGAAGAAUCAAGGCGAGUUAGGUCUCCUGCCAUCACCUAUCAAGGAAAAUGUCAGUCAGUGUCGCACUGGCCUGCUCAGAGAUACCCUCAAUAGGAGGAAAGGAGCAAAAGCUGGAGUUUCUGCAGAACCUUCAUCCAGAACGUAUGAUUCCAGUGGUGUACCAAAGUUCUACUUUGAGAGUGCACGAGUCUGGAAAGAGCAAAGGAACGAGGAAGCUUCUGGUAUUUCCCUUACCUGCUGUUUUGUUAUGAUCACAGCUGCCAGCAAUGUGAAGACAUGGGCCCUCGAUCGAGAAGUCUUUCACAACAUCAUGCGGAUGACUGCCGAGGCUCGACAAGAGCAAUACUGCAACUUCCUGAGGAGUGUUUCACUUCUUGCCAGUCUGCCUGGGGACAAACUAACUAAGAUUGUGGACUGCUUAGAGGUGGAAUAUUAUAAUAAAGGAGACUACAUCAUCCGGGAGGGAGAAGAAGGAAACACCUUUUACAUAAUUGCCAACGGAAAGAUUAAAGUCACACAGAGCACACAGGAUCAUGAAGAGCCUCAGAUCAUCAACACCUUGGGGAAAGGGGAUUAUUUCGGAGAGAAGGCCCUCAUCAGCGAUGAUGUCAGGUCUGCGAAUAUAAUCACAGAUGAGGAUGGAGUGGAAUGCCUUGUCAUUGAUCGAGAAACCUUCAGUCAGACUGUUGGAACUUUUGAUGAGCUUAAAAAGUACCUGCAGAGCUAUGUCGAAAUUUUAGCACGGGACGAUAAGAAAAGAAAUGCUAAGAGGUCAGGAAGCCGCACUACUCCCACCACACCUGUGUCACAUGAUAUGAUUGAGCUGAAAGAGAGAGAGAGCAACUUUGCAUCCACCAUACCCUUCAGCUGCCUCGAGGUUAUUGCCACGCUGGGAGUUGGAGGCUUUGGCAGAGUUGAAUUGGUGAAGGCGAAGAAUGAGAACGAGACGUUUGCUCUGAAAUGCAUCAAGAAACGACACAUUGUGGAUAACAGACAGGAAGAGCACAUUUACUCCGAGAGGAGGAUCUUGCUUGAGACAAACUCUCCUUUCAUUGUCAAAAUGUACCGCACUUUUAAAGACAACAAGUAUGUGUACAUGCUGUUGGAGGCGUGUUUGGGUGGCGAGAUCUGGAGUCUUCUUAGAGACAGGGGGAGUUUUGAUGAGUACACUGCCAAGUUCUGUGUGGGCUGCGUGACAGAGGCCUUCGACUACCUCCACAACAACGGUAUCAUAUACAGAGACCUGAAGCCUGAGAAUCUCAUGCUGGACACAGAUGGAUAUGUCAAGUUGGUGGAUUUUGGCUUUGCUAAGAAGCUCAAGUGUGGCCAGAAGACCUGGACGUUCUGUGGGACUCCAGAGUAUGUUGCGCCUGAAAUCAUUCUCAAUAAAGGUCAUGGUCUCAGUGUGGACUUCUGGUCUCUUGGAAUCCUGAUUUUUGAACUUCUUACAGGAAGCCCCCCCUUUACUGGCUCAGAUCAGAUGAUUAUAUACACAUUCAUUCUGAAAGGAAUUGAGAAGAUGGACUUCCCUAAAAAAAUCACCAAGAGGCCAGGUGACCUUAUUCGAAAGCUGUGCAGACAAAACCCUUCAGAGCGACUGGGAAAUUUGAAGAAUGGAAUAACUGAUAUUAAAAAACACAGAUGGUUUACAGGAUUUAGCUGGAGUGGUAUGAAAUCCAGAAGUCUGAUAUCACCACUUAAAAGAGAGGUGAAGGGACCCACUGACCACAGUUACUUUGACAGUUAUCCUCCUGAAGAAGAAAUCCCUCCAGAUGAAAUGUCGGGUUGGGACACAGACUUCUAACUGACCUCCCCCCCCGCAACAGAGGCUGCUGUUAGUGCUGUGGGAGGCACAGACAUAAGAAGGGAAUUGUUUCACAGUGUUCAGAUGUACUCAUACAUUGUGAUGAUUAAUGUAUUUGAAUGAAACCGUACCACUGAGAUGUCAGAGCAGGAUCAGUCUGUGAGAAUGAUGUAGCCGGGGCAUCAUAGAGGAUGGUGUGAAGCUAUUGGUAAUAUUUACCUUUAGAAGUGCAGAAGGGUUUGUGGUUUGGCAGGAAGGUGAGAUGUUCCUUGUUUUAGAAGCGUUGGUGAUGUCACGUAUUUGAGCUCCUGAAGGUAGGGUAAUAACCACCUGUGACUGUGAAUGCCACUGAUGAGGUUUCAAAGGUUAACCUCAGCGGGUGACUGGCACUGCAGUUUGUACAUUUCAAGCAGUUAUGUGAAAAGUAGUCUUUUAGUGACUUUUCCUAGAGUUCAAGAACUUCAGGUGACUCUAACCUCUGCACCUGAGCCAAAUAUGUUUGUAUUGAUGUAAUGUUUGAAGCUUGCUUAUUUUAUCCUUGUGAAUAGGAGGAAAAUGUUUCAUUUUUAGCGUGAGAAUUUAGAGUUUUUUAAGUCAUUCUACAAGAUGUUUUACAGUAACUGCAUAUAAAAAUGUCAGCGAAAAUGUACAUUUCAAGUCCAGCAGUCAUUGCACAGUAUCGAUUUGUAAAUGAGAAUAUCUAUUAAAUAAUGGACUUGUGUGGUAACUUUAGAGGCCUUAUUGACCCAUUAAGCAAAUUACAUCAUGUUCCAUGAUGCAACAGUCUCAACAUAAUUUUUGAUUGCAUAACAAUGCAAUCGAUAUUCACUAAAGUUCUGAGUUCUUUAACACAUGACAAAUAAACA